AUGCCAAGUAAUACAAAUUCAACACCUCCUGACCUACAUCCAAUAUUAAAAAAUCAGGUUCAUAAUGGUAGUUAUGUUAUUCCUGGAGUUUAUGAUUUGAGUGUGGAAGACACGAAUUGGGUGUUGACUUCAUCGUUCAUCAUAUUCACAAUGCAAACUGGUUUUGGAAUGCUUGAAUCCGGAUGCGUGUCGAUAAAAAACGAAGUCAAUAUUAUGAUGAAAAACAUUAUUGACAUAGUCCUUGGAGGAUUCACCUAUUGGAUUUUUGGAUAUGGAAUGUCAUUUGGCAGAGGACCACUCUCAACACCAUUUAUUGCAAUCGGUGACUUUCUAUUGGAUCCUGUAGUUGGAGAUCCACUAAUGGGUCAGAUAUUUGCUUCAUUUUUAUUUCAACUUUCGUUUGCAACUACAGCAACAACUAUUGUUAGCGGUGCUAUGGCAGAAAGGACUAAUUUCAAGGCAUACUGCCUGUUUUCAUUGCUUGAUACAGCAGUUUAUUGUAUCCCAGCUGGAUGGGUGUGGGUUGAAGCGGAGUGUAUAUUGGGAGCAGUGGAUAUUGCUGGAAGUGGGCCAGUGCAUUUAAUUGGAGGUGCUUCGGCUUUUGCUUCAGCAGCAAUGCUUGGACCGAGAUUGGGGCGUUAUGCAGAUGGUUACGACCCUUUGCCACUCGGCAACCCUGUCAACGCUUGUCUGGGACUUUUUGUUCUCUGGUGGGGAUGGUUGGCUUUCAACUCUGGAAGCACCUAUGGAGUCAGUGGAUCAAAAUGGCAGUAUUCUGCUAGAGCAGCUGUCAUGACUAUGAUGGGAUCUUUUGGAGGAGGUGUCACCAGCUGCAUUUACUCCUUUUGGCGACAUGAUGGCCGUUUGGACAUUAUCGAUCUAAUAAAUGGAAUUUUGGCUUCUUUGGUCUCCAUCACUGCAGGCUGUUUUCUAUAUCGUGCUUGGGAGGCUUUUCUAAUUGGAGCUUUGGGAGCAAUAUUAUGUUGUUUCUCGAUGCCAUUAUUUGAUCGUUUGGGUGUGGACGAUCCUGUUGGAGCAAGUUCUGUUCAUGGUGUUUGUGGUAUUUGGGGUGUAAUAGCGGUUGGAUUAUUUGCCGAUAAUCCAAUUCCAUUAGAUACAACCAAUGGACGAUCGGGAUUAUUUAAAGGAGGUGGCUGGUAUUUACUGGGAAUUCAAACUUUAUCAGCAUUUUGUCUAACUUGUUGGGGCAUUUGUUCAACUGCUAUUCUACUCUUUUUCGUUGAUAAAAUUGUUCCUAUUCGAAUGGAUCCAUAUGAAGAACUUUUAGGUGCGGAUAUGAUGGAACAUAGAAUUCGACAUCAACAAAUUGGACUCUCAAGGGCUAUUUCAGCAUUGACUCCAUUGCAAGCAGAUCUCAAGAAUUUGAAUAAUUUAAAGUCAAUUGGUGUGAAUCCUGGACAUGAUAAGAGUAUCGAAGAACUUAGAGCAGCAGAAGAUAAACUUGCUUAUUGGCAGAAUUAUGUGGAAAAACAUCUAAUAAAGGGAAUCAACGUGGACGUUAAAGCUAACGAAAAGGAGAAAGAUGAUCAAAACACAAUUAUUGCUGGUAAUUUGUUUUCUAAGAAAGAUAACGUAAUUAAGAACUCAGAUAUUCAUACGAUUUCGAAUGGAAACACAAAUGGUGUUUUUGCUUGGGUUGAUUAA